CCGCCACCUGCUGCCCCCGGCGCCCGCCGCUCACACCGGGGACCGAGGGGAGGCCGCGGCUGCCGGCCGCCCGGGGCAGGGCCGCAGGGGCGCGCAGCCGGCCGUCAGCGGCGGGGCUGUCCGGGCCCCCCACACGCCUCCCGCGCAGCGGCGGGGCCGGACACCCCGGGACGGGCGCCGCCCCCAGGCCCGCGCCGCCGCCGCCCCCCGCCGCGCGGCUCCGCUCCCGCCCCUCGCGCCCCCUCACGGCUUCCCGGCGGGGCGGGGCCAGCGGCGCCCGGUAGCGGCGGCGCCCCGUGGCUGCGCCCCGUCCUCGCCGCGGGGCUGCGAGGCAGCGGGGCCGUGCCCCAGCCAUGGCCGAGCUCGCAGCCUGGCUGCGCUGCGGCCGCCCCCUGCUCCUCCUCACCUGCUUCUUCGCGCCCUUCCCCGGCCAGCCCGGGGCCGGCCCCGCCGCCCGCGCCCCUCCCGCGGGUAUAUCUGAACCUUCUUUUAUUGCUAAAAGUGAAGAUCGUUUGUUUAAACAUCUAUUUGAAGACUAUCAAAGAUGGGUUCGUCCAGUGGAACGCUUAAAUGACACAAUAAAAAUAAAGUUUGGCCUUGCAAUCUCUCAGCUAGUAGAUGUGGAUGAGAAAAAUCAAUUGAUGACAACCAAUGUCUGGUUGAAACAGGAAUGGAUAGAUGUAAAAUUAAGGUGGAAUCCUGAAGACUAUGCUGGAAUAACAUCUAUUCGUGUCCCAUCGGAUUCUAUUUGGAUUCCAGAUAUUGUGUUGUAUGACAAUGCAGAUGGACGUUUUGAGGGAACAUCUACGAAAACUGUAGUAAAGUAUGAUGGCACCAUUGCUUGGACUCCACCAGCAAACUACAAAAGUUCUUGUACUAUUGAUGUAACCUUUUUCCCCUUUGACCUCCAAAAUUGCUCUAUGAAAUUUGGUUCCUGGACUUACGAUGGCUCACAGGUUGAUAUAGUUCUUGAAGACUACGAUGUUGACAAAAGAGACUUUUUUGAUAAUGGAGAAUGGGAAAUAGUGACUGCAACAGGGAGCAAAGGAAAUAGGACUGAUGGGUGCUGCUGGUAUCCUUUUGUUACAUAUUCAUUUAUAAUUAGACGUCUGCCACUUUUCUACACGUUGUUUCUCAUUAUUCCUUGUAUUGGGCUUUCAUUUCUAACUGUCCUUGUCUUCUAUCUUCCUUCAAAUGAAGGUGAAAAAAUUUCACUUUGCACUUCAGUACUGGUAUCUUUGACUGUUUUUCUUCUUGUUAUUGAAGAGAUUAUUCCAUCAUCUUCUAAAGUUAUCCCACUUAUAGGAGAGUACUUGGUGUUCACUAUGAUAUUUGUGACAUUGUCUAUUGUGAUAACUGUCUUUGCUAUCAAUAUUCAUCAUCGCUCUUCGUCUACACAUAAUGCUAUGGCACCUUGGGUUCGCAAGAUAUUUCUUCACAAACUUCCCAAGCUGCUUUGCAUGAGAAGCCAUGUGGAUAGAUACUUUGCUCAGAAGGAGGAAACAGGAAAUGUGAAUGGAUCAGAAUCAUCUAGGAACACCUUGGAAGCAGCUCUAGAUUCCAUCCGAUACAUUACAAGACAUGUGAUGAAGGAGAAUGAAGUUCGCGAGGUUGUUGAAGACUGGAAAUUUAUUGCUCAGGUGCUUGAUCGAAUGUUCUUAUGGACUUUUCUUCUGGUUUCAAUAAUUGGAUCACUUGUAUUAUUUAUUCCUGUUAUUCAUAAAUGGGCAAGUAUAAUAGUACCUACGCAUAUAGGCAGUACAAAUGCAUAAAAUAUUUUUUCAUUCAUCUCCUGCUAAUAUGGCUCUAAAAAGUUUUGCAGUAGCUCUAUUUCCAUGCAUGUUCUUUGAGGCACGUUUUUGAUAGAGUAAAAAAAAUCCAAACCCAGGAAAUUAAUUUUAUAUUGAAGCAUGGCAUCCCUAGGACACAUAGAAGUCAAUUUGCUUUAUUGCCAAUCUACUAAGUUACUUCUCAAUCAGGUCAGAAUUAAAAGGACCUUCUCAAGCACUUGCAUGUAUGAUAUAUCAAACAAGUGCAUGCUGACACCUACUGUGAAAUAGAAGGAUUUAAAAUUUUUAAUGAUGAUCACUGUAUUCCAAUUAUUAAGUUACUAUAUAAAUUGUUGAGUAUUAAAUAUGAGCAAAUAUUUACUUAGUAGUGUUGCUUAUUUCAAUUUACUGUAGUAUGCAAAGGAGAAUUUUUAUCAGCUCUCUUGAAUUGUUGUAAAAGUAUAAAGUUUCUACAGAGUAAAUUUAAAAUAAUAGUAAAAAUACCAGUUAAAGUUCCCAUAUAUUUAAUAUAUAAGUAAAAACAGUGAUUUGGCUAUGUUUUGCCUUUAUAAAUUUGCAGUGGAGUUUGCUGCUAAAUUUAAAACCUUGUGAAUUCUAUCAUACUAACAUGAACAUCUAAUGCAGUAAGCCUUAAAAUGCCUACAGGACACAUAGCUCUGAAUCAGCUAUGGAAAGGAAGGCAAAGGAGUUCCCAAGUUUCACGAGUGUUCUAAUGGGCCAGAACAUUCAGAUUUCUUUAUUUUUGAUGAAGAAUUUGAUACAGUAUAUUAGCUGCAAAUGUUAAUAGUUUCCUGUCUCUGUGUGUUUCUCAGAAUUAAGUUUUUAAGCACGGUAGAAGGAAUUUGGGGAAUGCCUUUCUGAAGGAAAUGGGUUAAAAAUUAUUUUGCUGUGUAACUAAAUACAGAUGAUUACUUUUUCUUACGUUUUUUAAACCGAAGUUAGAAAGCUACCAUUGAUAGGUUCUCUCGCUUAUAGAACUGUGUGUAACUUCAAGCAGUGAGGGCUUACAGCUUACCAUGCUUUUUUCUGACAGUGUUGAAAACUAACUUGCAACUUCUUAAUUAUUCCAUUAAAAUAUAUUCUUAAAUACUGGUUUUAAAUCUUUACGUUCAUUCUAAUGCCACCUUUCUUAAAAGCUUUAUUUGUGGAAGACACUCUAAAAUGGAUGACUGUUUUCCUAUACCAAAGUUUUGUCAGUGUACUUACUAAUAUAGUUGCAUCCUGCAGGGCUAAUAUAGUAAUGCCAAGUUAGAGCAAGUUUUUAUUUGCUUGAAUUACUACAUUAAUAAUAAUAUGUUUAGAUGAGAAGUUGAAUGUAAGUUGUGGUAUCUUUGAUACUGUAAGCUUUCAUUGUAGUUACGAAUUUGGAACACUUACAUAUAAUUGAACAUUUACUUCAACUUGUUUUUCACCUGUAGGACAUUCUUGGUUUUGUGUAGCUUUUUAAGGCUCAUAGGCAUGGAAAUGAUGCCAGACAAGCCUUUUUUUUUUUUUGUAUACCGAUUUAUAAAUAAUUCUGAUUGUGAAGGGAGUCACUCUUCUUCAGUUAUACAAUUAUAUCUGGUAUUGGAUAUCCAUGUUCCCUCUGUUCCUAUCAUAAUACAUUUUAAAGGUGAAUUUGCAAAGAUUAUCUGUUUUAAUCCAUUAAUAUAAUAAUUUUAACUUUCUCGGUAUUAUUGAUUAUACAAUGCAUCAGUGAGUUUCUCUGUGUGGAAGCUGCAGAAAUACUUUAGAUAAAUUUCCUCUUCAAAUGCAAAAUUCCUUUUUAUAGUCCUCCUUGGGUUUGAAUUACUGAAGUUUACUCUUAACAGAACAGAAAGCAACACAAGUAAGACUAUGGGUUAUAUAUAUAUAUAU